AUGCUUGACAAAGCAGUCCGUGAAUAUGCAGUGAGACUUGAAGGCCAGUUCAAGUGUGCCAUGGUUUGGAGAGGACACGAUAAAAGCAGGGGCUCCCGCUUGACAGUCGGGAUUGCAGAUGGACUGGGCUCUCAGACUGACCCGGACAAGCAAAAAGAGUACUUGACAAACAAAUUCCUGAUCAGAGAAACGACAGGCCAGAAGGCGAAUCCAGUCCACGUUGCAAGGUCAAUGAUGACAGCCAGAGAUGAGACCGGCAAGCGUAUGUUUUCUAGUGCGGAAUUUCUCACGGCUAAACAAAUAAUGAGCUUCUUUUCGCGUUUAGCUGCCAAGCGGAACCUGAGUGGCCAUACGCAUGUGCCGGUUGUCUCUGAUGAGGAAGAGGAGGAAGAUGGCAAAGCAGUAAAUAUUGAGACAGCGUUCUGUGAGCUAAGGGAUCACAUGAUGGCUAAUGUAUAA